AUGGCCAAUCUCAAGAAGGAAGACGAAAAUGCCGCCACCCCGCGCCAGGAGCUGCUCGAGGACGCUUUCGAAGCCCGUCGCCAAGAGAUUGUCCGUCAGUGCGCUGGCUUUGCCUCUGAGGUCUAUGAAAAGGACCAAUUCACCGAGUACGAUCUCUGGGCCGUCAAGUUCCUGCUCUGGCCCCUCCAGGGCUUGCUGCGCCACGAUCCCACGCACCGUCUCUCCGCAAAGGAGGCCGCCGCCAGCAUUGCCUGGACCGAUUACCGCAGAGACACCUAG